AUAAUCAUAACCAUCGACAGUCACCGAUAAUUUGAUAUCAACCUAUCGAUUAUUAUCGAUAGUUAAUAUAUGCGCACACCACACAUACGCACACGCACAGGCGACAGGCCAGUACCAUUCUCUAGAUGUCGGAAUUGAGCGGAACGUUUUUAUAUAAUUUAUCAGUAUUUACAAUUUUCAAGCAGCAUGGGAAUUUGUGUUGAUCUGAAAUAACGGUGGUAUUAAUUACAGAAAAUUUUCCGAUCCACGUACAUGAAAAUAAGUUAACGAUUUGAAAAAAAAAAAGACAUGAUACACAGAAGUUUUUUGUUACAAUGGAUUUUGGUGCUGAUAUUCACAGUUACUAUCAUCUAUCUAAAAUUGAAAGUAAAUUUUCUGGAGGAUCACUACAAACUAUUGUGUACGCGUUAUUAUAGAGGAUACAAUGCCGUUACGCACGAACAGAAUAGUGUUCAAACUGGACUUGAAGCUAGUGAACGAACUUACAAAUUCUCACCUUUUGAUGAUCUCAUCAUAAUCUACAACAGGGUACCCAAAACAGCAUCGACCAGCUUCGUAGGUUUAGUUUAUGAUCUGUGCAAACAGAAUAAGUAUCAUGUUUUGCAUAUUAACGUUACCAAUAAUAUGCACACUCUUACGCUUCCAAAUCAGAUUCAAUUUGCAAAUAACGUAACCGAAUGGGCUACAAAGAAACCAGCAUUUUAUCAUGGACAUGUUGCAUUUUUGAAUUUUGAAAAGUUUGGAAUAAGACAAAUGCCUUUGUACAUAAAUCUCUUACGCAGACCUUUGGAUAGGUUUGUCUCUUAUUAUUAUUUCUUGAGAUAUGGAGAUAAUUUCAGACCUUAUUUAAUUAGAAAGAAACAUGGAGACACAAAGACUUUCGAUGAGUGUAUCGAUGCCGGUCAACCAGAUUGCGAUCCCGAUAAUAUGUGGUUACAAAUACCUUUUCUGUGUGGUCAUGAUCCUGCGUGUUGGGAAAUUGGAAAUAGUUGGGCAUUAGAAGAAGCUAAGAGAAAUUUGCAAAACCAUUACCUUCUAGUAGGAGUGACGGAGGAAUUAACAGAAUUUGUAGAAAUUUUACAAAUUGUACUUCCACGAUUUUUUAAAGGAGCUUACAAUUCUUUUUUAUACAAUAAUAAAUCACACCUGCGUCAAACUACACAAAAGAUCAAUCCGCGACCCGAAACUAUAGAGAAGAUUCAGAAAUCUGUCGUUUGGAAAAUGGAGAACGAGCUAUAUAAUUUCGCUUUAACACAUUUUCAUGCAGUAAAGAAACGUUUAAUAAAUGCCUCACCCCAAGAUGCAAAUCAACGGUUCGUGUAUGAAAAAAUACGUCCAAAAUAAACUUACUUUCUUAAAUAAACAAGUUCCGUGUUUUUUAUUAAUCCUUUGCGGACUAAAAUUUACUUUAUCUAAUGUGUAAGUUCUAUUUUAGUUCAGUGAAUUGUUCCAUAUAUAUUAAAGGAAAUAAAUUUGAAUAGGAUUCAUGAAUUUUAGCGAGGUUACGAAAAUAAGUACGAAGACAAAUUUUAAGUUGUGUAGUUUACAAUUGUCUGAAAUUGAAGUUUUUGUCAUUGUAAAAAAUUUUACAGUUUUAGUCGGGCAGUUAACGCGUUAAAUUUUCAAGACUUACAAUUAAUACAAACAAAACUACGUAACCGCGAAAGAAUUUCAUCGAUCAUGCACCACUGAUAAAAAUUUUUUACAUUAAAUCUAUUGAUUCGACAGAGUGAUAGAUUUUCGAUGUAUUAUUAUUAAGUAAUAUGUAGUAAUCCAUUAGUAAUCUUCGAUUCAUUUGUAUUCCAUUAAAAAUAGUAAUUGUUAAAGAUUUUGAAAAGAAAUCUACCAUUAUAAAUAAACAAUAACUUGUAUAAAUUCUACAAUAUUUACAUCUAUUUGUCGCAUUCUCGCGAUAUGAUUUAGACAAAGUCCUGUAAAGAU